UCUUAUUGAUUCGUUUGCUGCGGAGCUAACGUUCACUCUCCCUUUCUGGGUUACUGUAGUUCUAUCAGCUACAUCUCCCAAACACAACCGCACCCUCUUUUUCUACUCUUCUUCUUCUUCUAUUUUGAACAACACCAAAACGCAGACACAAUGACGGAGGCGGAGGCGUUGGAGAAGAAACAGCAGCAGCACAAGGCGAGCAACGGAAAUGUUCUUCCAGAGGCCCCCAGAGAAGACAUGUUUGAUCACACAUACAAAGAGAAAGAAGGCCCCAAACCUCCCUCGGUCAUCGUAUGGAAAAAUGUCUUUAUGAUGACUCUGUUGCAUAUAGGAGCCGUGUACGGCAUGUGCCUCGUCCCCUCAGCAUCUACUUUGACCUUGCUUUGGUCCCUACUUUGUUUUGUGAUAAGUGCUUUAGGAGUUACUGCAGGAGCUCACCGCCUCUGGAGUCACAGAUCCUACAAGGCCUCAUUACCUCUGAAGAUCUUUCUUGGUGUUGCGAACUCAAUGGCAUUUCAGAAUGAUAUCUAUGAGUGGGCUCGAGACCACAGGGUUCACCACAAAUAUUCCGAGACGGAUGCUGACCCUCACAACGCCGUCCGGGGUUUCUUCUUCUCUCACAUUGGCUGGCUGAUGGUCCGCAAACACCCUGAUGUCAUCGAGAAGGGACGCAAGCUGGAAGUCCAUGACCUGUUGGCCGACAAAGUUGUAAUGUUUCAAAGGAAGUAUUACAAGGCUUCUGUGCUGCUCAUGUGCUUCUUCGUCCCCAUGUUUGUGCCUUGGUACCUGUGGGGGGAGUCUCUGUGGGUGGCCUACUUCGUCCCCGCUCUCCUGAGGUACACCUUGGUCCUGAAUGCCACCUGGCUGGUGAACAGCGCGGCUCACAUGUGGGGAAACAGGCCCUAUGAUCACCACAUCAACCCCAGGGAGAACAAGUUUGUUGCAUUCAGUGCGCUAGGAGAGGGAUUCCACAACUACCACCACACGUUCCCCUUUGACUAUGCAACCAGUGAGUUUGGCAUCAAAUGGAACAUUACCACUGGUUUCAUCGACACCAUGUGCUUCUUGGGCCUGGCCAAAGACCGCAAGAGGGUGUCCCACGAGGUGGUGGCAUCCCGGAUACAGCGCACCGGAGACGGAAGCCCCCGGAGUGGCUAGGAUCGUCGAGUCACGGUCAGCUUCGAAGGCAGAACAACCGAAAAAAAGAAGAAGAAGAAGAAGAAGAAGAAGAAGAAGAAGCUUCACAGUCCUUUGACAGCUAUACAUUUCUCAUCCUUUGAGGAUAAUAGGUCAUCGUCAUGAGGGCCCUGACCACAUUUUGCUUGUUUUUGUGGUUUUUGUAGCUGUAACUUAACAAAUUGUUCAAGAUGGAUAUAAAAAAAAAAAACACCUUUCGCUAAGCUCUUGGCCUUGGUUUCUAUUGUUCAGUCAGACCAAGGUCUUGCAAAGAUGUUUUAGAUUUGAAGUAGAUACAUUUUCAACUUCAUUCUCUGCUGUUUUUGCCACUUUGGUGUGCAUCCUUCAUUCAAGAUCAGUCAUGUAGCCAAUAAUUUUUAUGUAAGUAUUACUCAAAUAUUAAUCAAAAAUAGACAAGACGUGGAGCACUGAAAAUAUGGAGUUACAAUGUUUCAACCGAUAAGAUACUGAUUGGUGGCUGUUUUCUGUACUGCAGUGUACAGCCAGUUUUUACCGUUCUGAUAAUACAGUUAGCUAACUUUUUGAGUGCUUUAAAGAUCUGGAAGAAAAAGGGAUGAGAUUUUGAACCGUAUUUGCUAAAAAGCAGCUUGCUUUAAUGAAAUAUGGCACAUGAUGGAAGAGUGAGGGAACCCAGACCUUAUUAUAACUAUACUGACAGCAGAGUCAUGCAGUGAGUUGCAGUGCGUAACCUUGUUUUCUGAUGCAGAAAACCAAAUAUGUGGAAAGUCAAAGAUUAAAACCUACUGUAUUUAGUCUGUACAGUAAUUGGAUCGAGAAAGACAAUAUAAGUGAGACAUUUAUCAUUAUAUUAAAACUGCCAUUGAAUCGUAACGAUAAAUGUACUUAGAACCAUGCUAUGUUUAAGCAACUUUUUGUGUUUUUUUUUAAUGAAUAUAUCAUAGUGCCAAUUGUUAUAAAUUGUUAUUUAUAACAAUCUCAACGGUCCAAUAGAGCACACCUGAGUCGAUAUUGCUUCUUCACUCAACAUCAUUGUGGAAAUUUUGUAAAAUUGUGGCAUCAGUGGCUUUGCUUCCUCUUUUUAUCCAACACGCCCCUAUUUUGGUCAGAAACAUAUGCAGCAGCGAUCUCAUUGGUCGAUGUAGCAGCCAGUCUACAUGUGACAGUUCUGGUGUUACAAAACAACAUGCCACCCAUGCAUGAUAAUAUACUGUAGUAGGUGUUGUGGUAAGGUGUUUUAUCGGUGACUGUAAUGGCAGAGCUUUGUCUAUUUUUGUAACGUACUGUGGAGCUGCAUCGCUUUUUGGAUCAUCAGAACUGUUGCCGUGGUGAUUUCUGAGAAGGGGUCUGGUUUCCCUUUGAUGUCCUACAAAGCUAAUUGUCAUUGCAACAUUUCUGAUGCAUUGAUGUUAAUGCUCAUUUUCAAUUCUGGUGUGCGGAAUGCUUUUGUUACCUUUUUUAUUUAUUUAUUUUCCCCUUUUAUUGGCUAAAUUUUGUUUCCAAAAUGUUCUAACUUGAACCUGUUUUUAUGCACGCCAAGAUUUGGCAGAAAAAUAUAUCAAAUUUAAGCACCUAUUUAAUUUUUCCCUAAGAGUCAGGAAACAACCUAAUGCCUUAUGACUUGCAUCCAUUCCUGAUCUUCUUCACGUCCCGUCAGUGAAGACAAAAAGGCUCAUAACAAAUCUAACAGAGGUCCAUGUUUACAGGCUGAAGCCCCCGAUGGAACGUUGUUUUUAUUCUGAAAACACAUUUACGUUAGGCAAAGGGUAGAAUGACAACAUCAAAGUGCUGUAAACGCAAAUAGAGGUUUAGAUUAGAAGACACAAUUUCUAACGCCCAGUGCAAAUGUUCAAUCAUUUGAUUUAACUUGCAACAAAUGGGCCCUGAUGUGCCAACUCGAUCCAACCCGUGGCGGCAUCUCUGUAAACGGAGGUGCUCCUGUCAUGAGGGAUGUUAAAGCAUCUUCAGAGCACUUAACGAAACCCGACAAUAUCACAGCCAUGCCAACAACUCCUGCUGCCCAGAAGCUUCAAAAGGUUUUCAGUCUGAAUGAUAAUGUCACAUUUCAACUGUAUUCUAUUCUGAAAUAAAAGUUCACGAUAUUUUCAAUACACGUAAUUCCAUUAA